AAAAGGCAUUGAAAAAGCAAAACAUCAUCUGGAUAGUCCGUCGCGUAGCCCUCUUAGUCGGUAAAUCCGAUUGACAACAGGAUCUGAGUGUCCACGUAUUGCAGAAAGGUUUCCUCCGGAAUACUAGAACUUCUAGUAUACUCUAUUACCGGUUCUAGUCGCUGGAGGUGAGAUGGAGAAAAUGACACGCACAGAACACCGGCUGGUGGUGCUCCUAGUUUUCUUGAGCACUGUGGUGACGCUGAGUGCCGGACAGAGAGUAGUCGGAGCUGACGGAUCAACGCACUCGCCCAUUCAAACUGGAAACUCUGGAACAUGUAUGACGCAAUGGUUACGUCAUUCAUUCCCAGCUGAACAGGACGUGGUGCUGAUGAAGUAUGAACGAUUGCUGCAAGCAUUUGAAACACCAGUCGACGAAAUCUCUGUUCCCGUAACUAAUGACUUGUUACUGUCUCUAGUGUUCGGUAGCGAGGAAAGAAGUGCCAAUUUCUCCCAAUGUCAAAAUGGUCAGUGUGAACAUCCGUCUCCAUGCCAACACGGUGGCAAAUGUGUGUACGCUAGUGUUGAUGGUAACACUCCUCAGCUGAAGCAGUACAAGUGUCAAUGUAGACCUGGGUAUGCCGGACGGCAGUGUGAACUCGCUGUGUCGGCUUGCAGAACCCAUCGUCCAUGUCAAAAUGGUGGACAUUGUCACAGUCGCGGCCCACAUGCCUACGAGUGUCGGUGUAAACCAUUGUUUGGUGGCAAGAACUGCGAAAUAAGUGACUUGGCUAACAUCACGUCGUCACUUGCUGACCUUACUCUCCGUCUGAAUUCAAUAGAGACUAAGUCUGCUCAGUCAGCUAGUAGAACCGCAGACACUGUGUCCCGUGUACUCAAACAAAUACAGCACACGUUGGAUCGGCGACUCGAUGAACAAGCAUCCGUCGUACAAAGCGAGAUACAGGAUAUCAGAGAUGAGGUUAAGAUGAAUUCCCUGCAACUCGUUGGGUCCUGUAGAGAAAUCCAGCAUCAAUCCAAUUACUCAGCACCUUCAGGUUUCUACAACAUCAUCUCUGGGCUGACGGGAGGAAAAAAGCUCAUCCAUGAGGUCUACUGUGAUAUGGAUCACUAUGGUGGUGGUUGGACAAGAAUUGCCUACAUCAAUCCCACGCAGCAGGGUGGUUGCCCUGGUAACAUGAGAUUUCAAAACCUUCAAGUUAAGCUGUGCACUAGACGAGCCAGCGGUGUUGGUGGAUGUGAUGGUGCAACGUUCCAGUCACCUAUUGCCGAGUACAGUGAAGUGAUGGGAUUUGUCACUGGGUACAGGGAUAAUACUUUGGAUGCAUUCCAUUCCGCACUUUCUGCCAGUACGCAGUUGAAUAGCUGGUACAUGGAUGGUGUCUCUAUCACACAUGAUUCUCCUGUGCAACAUAUUUGGUCAUACACAGCUAGUUUUGAUGAGGCCGCUCACUGCCCAUGUAGUACCAGAGCCAGUUCACAACCUCCAGCAUUUGUUGGUAAUCAUUACUAUUGCAUGGACCAUGGAUCUGCUUGGAGACCUUGGACAAUCACUCCAGCUGCACAUGCAUGGAGCAACACCAGCCAAUGUACUGCUGGUAGUACAUGUUGUAACAACACAGAUAUGCCAUGGUUUCAUCGUCAACUGGACAAUAGUGCCUCUGACCAAGUACAAAUACGCAUAUGUACAGAUCAGGGCAAUUCGGAUGAAAAUGUUGGCGUGGACGAAGCUGCGGUCUUUGUGAGAUAAAACAUGUUCUUGCCCUCCCUCUUUAUCUACCCUAUCCCCCUUCUUAUACCUGUCAACGUACAGCAUUCUAUUGUUUACAAUUGUCCAUCCUUAGAUUUCCUGGCAUUCUCUAGAUUGAUCCAAAGGACACAGAGACAAUUCUUAUUUUUGUGAAUAUUGUUGCCAAUUUACCCGACAAACUGACUUCUCAAAUACCUCAACUUCUCUACUUCUAUUUCAUACAUCUGCUUCGUUCAAUCUUUACUCUUUUCUUUCAUUCUUUUUCUUUUUCCUUUCUCAUGUAAUCACUGUCACUCACAUACAAAUACCGUCAUAAAAUAAAAAUCAUACCGUCAUAAAAAUCAGUGUAUAAGCAUCUUGUAUCUCGUCCUGAUUGCUGCAAGGUGUAUUCUGAUUCUUCUUUUUUCUGUUUUGUGCCGUGCUCGUCAUGGUUAUAAGUUGCAGUUGAGUGUGUUAGAAGCUGUUUGUCAACGUAUUCAUAAGCCUAAUCUGUGUGUCCAGAAGGACAGCAUUAUUCGUUUGAAAUUGUUCUAGUAGCAGCUUGUUCUGUCUGUUUGGCCCUGGUUGGCCAUGGUGUAAUAUUUUGUGUCACAGUAUACUAGUAAUCUUUACAAGUUCGUUAAGUGCUUUCGCAGUUUUUCCUGUUAUUACCUUAGUGCUAGGAUUAUCAUUUUCAUAGGUGUUGUUUCUUCUCACUCCAUUUCUCUUUAUUAGUAUCUUUCUGGAUUGUUUUUCAUUAGUACAACGUAGCUUCGUGAGGAGUGUUGUGCGAAAACUAGUUCGAAGUACGAUUUUUUGUUCAUCAUUUUCUCCAUAUCACAUUUUUUCUUUCUUCCAUGUUCUUCACUGCCUUCGUAUCCACUCGUUUUUUGAAUACAAUAAAAGCCUUUGUGAAAUAUCGGUUCAGCUCGUUC